CCAGCACCAGCCCAGCAUCGCCCUGCAGGGACCCUCUGAGGAGUCCAUCAUUCAUCAUCGGAAACUCCUACCUCCUUACUUUUGUUUAUAUCUCCGCCCUCCUCCCCCCACCAUUUUGGAGAGAGAGAGAAAGAGAAAUGAAGACUCCCAUUGGCAAGAACAUAUCAGGACUUUGCUAAGCGUGAUGUGUGGUUCCUUUAGUCCUUGUCAAUUGCUUUAAUUGUUCAAAAUGGAAGCGGCCCUCCGGCGGGCGUGGACGUGAGCGCUGUGAAUGAAAGCUCCUGGCACAAACUCCGCGGAACCUCGCCGCUGCUCGUGGCCCCACCAGCCCCCUGGGAGGAGACGGACCUCGGUUCCCCGGCAUUUCCGCGCGUGGUGCCGUGCUCUUCCUUUUGUGCGGGCUUCGGGAGUCAUCGGCACGCGGGGGCUGGGGGCCCCGCGCGGCGUGGGGCCGCCCUGGCGCGCGCGGGUCUCGGGGUGCGGGGCUGGAGCCCGGCGAGCGGGAGCCGGGCAGACGCCGGUGCCCGGCGCGCCUCUCCCUCCGCGCCCGCGGGGGCCAGACCAGACGCCGGCCCGGGCGCGCUCGAAGACGACUCUUCUUCUCAGUUGUCAGUUUUCUCGCUUGUCAGCAGAGCUGCUGCUAUGGAGUCGCCAACCAAGGAGAUUGAAGAAUUUGAGAGCAACUCUCUGAAAUACCUGCAACCCGAACAGAUCGAGAAAAUCUGGCUUCGGCUCCGAGGGCUGUUACGGUCUUUGGUCAAACAGUUAGAGAGAGGGGAGGCUUCAGUGGUAGAUCUUAAGAAAAAUUUGGAAUAUGCAGCCACAGUGCUUGAGUCUGUAUACAUUGAUGAAACCAGGCGACUCCUGGACACAGAGGAUGAGCUCAGUGACAUUCAGUCAGAUGCUGUGCCUUCCGAGGUCCGAGACUGGCUGGCCUCCACCUUCACGCGGCAGAUGGGGAUGAUGCUCAGAAGGAGUGAGGAGAAGCCGAGGUUCAAGAGCAUUGUCCACGCUGUGCAGGCUGGGAUAUUCGUGGAGAGAAUGUAUAGACGGACAUCAAACAUGGUUGGACUGAGCUACCCACCAGCCGUUAUUGAAGCAUUAAAGGAUGUGGACAAGUGGUCCUUCGAUGUCUUUUCCCUCAAUGAAGCCAGCGGGGAUCAUGCACUGAAAUUCAUUUUCUAUGAAUUACUCACACGCUAUGAUCUGAUCAGCCGUUUCAAGAUCCCCAUUUCUGCACUUGUCUCAUUUGUGGAGGCUCUGGAAGUGGGAUACAGCAAGCACAAAAAUCCCUACCACAAUUUAAUGCAUGCGGCUGACGUUACACAGACUGUGCAUUACCUCCUCUAUAAGACAGGAGUGGCAAACUGGCUGACGGAGCUGGAGAUCUUUGCUAUAAUCUUCUCAGCUGCCAUCCACGACUAUGAGCACACCGGAACCACCAACAAUUUCCACAUUCAGACCCGGUCUGACCCAGCUAUUCUGUACAACGAUAGGUCUGUAUUGGAAAAUCACCAUUUAAGUGCAGCCUACCGUCUUCUGCAGGAGGAUGAGGAAAUGAAUAUUUUGAUCAACCUCUCGAAAGAUGACUGGAGGGAGUUUCGGACCUUGGUAAUUGAGAUGGUGAUGGCCACGGAUAUGUCCUGUCAUUUCCAACAAAUCAAAGCCAUGAAGACUGCUCUGCAGCAGCCAGAAGCAAUUGAAAAGCCGAAAGCGUUAUCUCUGAUGUUGCACACAGCAGACAUUAGCCAUCCAGCAAAAGCCUGGGAACUCCACCAUCGCUGGACGAUGUCACUCCUGGAGGAGUUCUUCCGACAGGGUGAUAGAGAAGCAGAGCUGGGGCUGCCUUUCUCUCCUCUGUGUGACCGAAAGUCGACCAUGGUUGCCCAGUCGCAAGUAGGUUUCAUAGAUUUCAUCGUGGAACCCACCUUCACUGUGCUCACGGACAUGACAGAAAAGAUCGUGAGUCCACUCAUUGAUGAAACGUCUCAAACUGGUGGGACAGGACAGAGGCGUUCAAGUUUAAACAACAUCAGUUCGUCUGACGCCAAGCGAUCAACCGUCAAGAGCUCUGGCUCAGAGGGAAGUGCCCCAAUCAACAAUUCCGUCAUCCCUGUUGAUUACAAGAGUUUUAAAGCCACAUGGACCGAGGUGGUGCACAUCAAUCGGGAGAGGUGGAGGGCCAAGGUGCCCAAAGAGGAGAAGGCCAAGAAAGAAGCAGAAGAAAAGGCCCGCCUGGCCGCAGAGGAGAAGCAGAAGGAAAUGGAAGCCAAGAGCCAGGCGGAAGAUGGUGCAGCUGGCAAAGCUGAGAAAAAGGCUUCUGGGGAAGCGAAGACUCACCCCGUCAAUGGAACCCGAACAAACAAAAGCGACAACCCUCGUGGGAAAAAUCCCAAAGCUGAGAAGUCGGCAGGAGAAAAGCAACAGAAUGGUGACUUGAAAGAAGGUAAAAAUAAGACAGACAAGAAGGAUCAAUCCAAUGUCGGAAGUGACUCCAAGAAAGCAGAUGGCACAAAGAAGCGUUCUCAUGGCUCCCCAGCUCCAAGCACUAGCUCCACGAGUCGCCUUACCUUGCCAGUCAUCAAGGCUCCUCUGCGUCAUUUUAAACGCCCUGCUUAUGCAUCCAGCUCCUACGCACCGUCUGUCCCAAAGAAAACUGAUGAGCAUCCUGCGAGGUACAAGAUGCUGGAUCAGAGGAUCAAAAUGAAAAAGAUUCAGAACAUCUCACAUAACUGGAACAGAAAAUAGGUCCAGGGGAAGAGGGAGUGAAGGAGAGGCCUGCCCAUCUGCCUCUGGCCGCUCACCAGCCACCGUGGGACACGCUUCCAGGACCCCUGGAGGCCUUUGGGGCUGGUGUGUUUUCUCAUGGUUAUGACUCCACUGAGGCACAGUGAAGGCUGGAUGUGAGUUUCUUCUUUGUUGUUCUGGGACAGACCCUUCAGUCAUUGGAUUUGGGGGCCAAUGCAGACUCUAGUGGCAAACCAGUAAGAGUGUGGUCCCAUGUGGCUUCUAUUGUUCUAGACCUUUCCAGACCAAAGUUCAAAUGAUGUAACCCAUUCAGAAAAAAAAAAUUCCUCCCCACUGACAGUUUUUUCAUCCCUGGAAAUUAACUUGACCCAAAGAGAAUAGUGGUUUAAUAAUAAUUAUUGGAUUUAAGGAAUGCACUUCUAAAAACAUCUUUUCUGAUUUUCAAUACACAUCUUUAAAAUUCAAGGAAGCAUGGCACUUGCAAAGUAAAUGCCUCCCACACAAAAUUUGAGCUUCUGAAUGGAACAUGCUUACAGGGAAAGGAGGACUUUCUGAUGGAUUGUGUUCACAGGUUUUUUUUCUUUUUCAGCUACACCCACAGCAUAUGGAAGUUCCAGGACCAGGGA